UAUAAAUAUAUUUUAGAGUGUGAAGAAAAGGAGAGAAGUGGGAGGGAAAAGAAGUAAGCAGCGAAAGAGAAGAAAAGAGUGCGAAAUUCCAUUCGAUUCCGUAAGGUUUCAUUUCAUUCACAUCUUCCAACAUGAGUACCAUGAAAUUUUGCCGCGAAUGUAACAACAUUCUGUACCCUAAAGAAGACAGAGAUCAGAGGAAUCUUCUCUACGCUUGCCGCAAUUGUGAUCACCAGGAGGUUGCUGAUAACUACUGUGUGUAUAGAAAUGAGAUUCAUCACUCUGUUGGAGAGCGCACUCAAGUGUUGCAGGAUGUAGCUGCGGAUCCAACUCUUCCUCGUACCAAGGCUGUUCGCUGCACUCAAUGCAAUCAUGGCGAAGCUGUAUUUUUCCAGGCAACGGCUAGAGGGGAGGAAGGAAUGACGCUUUUCUUCGUUUGCUGCAACCCUAAUUGUGGACACCGUUGGAGAGACUGAGAUUCUUACAUGCUCAAAUCAAGGUUCAACUGUUUGGGUGAUCUAACAUAUUUUGCGGUCCACUAUUGAUUAGAAGAGAGAAUUUUGUAGUUACAUGUAAACUUGGGUGGUGUGUGGAGGACUAUGAUGUAGAUUACAGAAUUAUGUGUGCUUCUUGUUUUAAGUGUAGUUGCUAAUCAAAUGAUUAAUGGAAAAAUCCUUGUGGGUCAGUGUGAUGAUAAAUUUUAUGGAUGACCCUCAA